GACAGCGCGGCCGGCGGACCAGGCUGGCUGGUGGGGAAACGAAACUGAGGGAGGAGGCGGCGGCUCUGGCAGCGGCAGGGCCAGGCCUGGUGGCGGCGGCGGCGGCGGCGGCGGCAACGGCGGCCUGAGCCCCCCCUCUCCGCUCCCAGGCAGCUCACCCUCUCCCCUCAGCUAACAAUGAGGAGGAGAAAUGAUCCAGAAUGCACUGCCCCUAUCAAGAAACAGAAGAAAAGAGUUGCAGAGCUUGCCCUGAACCUCAGUUCUACGUCUGAUGACGAACCUCCCUCUUCCGUCAAUCACGCAGCAAAAGCAUCUACCACGAGCCUAAGUGGGUCUGACAGUGAGACUGAGGGGAAGCAACAUAGCUCUGACUCUUUUGACGAUGCAUUCAAAGCAGACUCCCUUGUGGAGGGAACUUCUUCUCGCUAUUCCAUGUAUAAUAGUGUCUCCCAGAAGCUUAUGGCCAAGAUGGGCUUCAGGGAAGGUGAAGGAUUGGGUAAAUACAGCCAGGGUCGGAAGGACAUCGUUGAGGCCUCUAAUCAGAAAGGUCGAAGAGGCUUGGGUCUGACACUGCAAGGCUUUGAUCAAGAGCUGAAUGUGGACUGGCGAGAUGAGCCAGAGCCCAGUGCCUGUGAGCAGGUGUCAUGGUUUCCAGAAUGUACCACUGAAAUUCCUGACACUCAGGAAAUGAGCGAUUGGAUGGUUGUGGGAAAGAGAAAGAUGGUUAUUGAAGACGAGACAGAGUUUUGUGGGGAAGAGCUGCUUCACAGUGUGUUGCAGUGUAAGAGUGUGUUUGAUGUCCUGGAUGGGGAGGAGAUGCGGCGAGCUCGGACCCGGGCCAAUCCCUACGAGAUGAUCCGAGGAGUCUUCUUCUUAAACAGGGCAGCAAUGAAGAUGGCUAACAUGGAUUUUGUGUUUGAUCGCAUGUUUACAAAUCCACGGGACUCUUGUGGGAAACCACUGGUAAAGGACCGGGAAGCUGAGCUUCUGUACUUUGCUGACGUCUGCGCAGGCCCAGGCGGUUUCUCAGAGUACGUGCUGUGGAGGAAGAAGUGGCACGCGAAGGGCUUUGGAAUGACUCUGAAGGGCCCUAAUGACUUCAAACUGGAGGACUUCUACUCGGCCUCCAGUGAGCUCUUCGAACCCUACUAUGGUGAGGGUGGGAUUGAUGGAGAUGGAGAUAUUACCCGCCCAGAGAACAUCACUGCUUUUCGGAAUUUCGUCCUGGAUAACACAGAUCGCAAGGGUGUCCACUUUCUGAUGGCUGAUGGGGGUUUCUCAGUGGAGGGGCAGGAGAACCUGCAGGAGAUCCUCAGCAAGCAGCUUCUGCUCUGUCAGUUCCUCAUGGCGCUGUCUGUUGUCCGAACAGGAGGCCACUUCAUCUGUAAAACCUUUGACCUAUUCACCCCGUUUAGUGUGGGGCUUAUCUACCUGCUCUACUGCUGCUUCGAACGAGUGUGUCUCUUUAAGCCGGUCACCAGCCGUCCUGCCAACUCAGAGAGGUAUGUGGUGUGCAAGGGCCUGAAGGUGGGCAUAGAUGAUGUGCGGGAUUACCUCUUCUCAGUCAAUAUUAAACUCAACCAGCUGCAGAACACUGAUUCUGACGUCAACCUUGUGGUCCCCUUGGAGGUGAUCAGGGGAGACCAUGAAUUUACUGACUACAUGAUACGAUCCAACGAGAGCCACUGUAGUCUGCAGAUCAAAGCUCUGGCCAAAAUCCAUGCGUUUGUUCAAGACACGACCCUGAGUGAGCCUCGGCAGGCAGAGAUCCGGAAAGAGUGCCUUCGACUUUGGGGGAUCCCAGACCAGGCUCGAGUUGCUCCUUCUUCCUCAGACCCCAAAUCUAAGUUCUUUGAGCUAAUCCAGGGCACUGAGAUUGACAUCUUCAGUUAUAAGCCCACACUGCUCACCUCCAAAACCCUGGAGAAGAUCCGCCCAGUGCUUGACUACCGCUGCAUGGUGUCUGGCAGUGAGCAGAAGUUCCUCAUUGGCCUGGGGAAGUCUCAGAUUUACACAUGGGAUGGCCGCCAGUCAGACCGCUGGGUCAAGCUGGACCUGAAGACAGAGCUACCCCGGGAUACUCUGCUGUCUGUGGAGAUCGUCCAUGAGCUGAAAGGGGAGGGGAAGGCCCAGCGGAAGAUUAGUGCCAUCCACAUCCUCGAUGUCCUCGUGCUCAACGGCAGUGACGUGCGGGAGCAGCACUUUAACCAGCGAAUUCAGCUUGCUGAGAAAUUUGUGAAAGCUGUUUCCAAGCCCAGUCGGCCUGACAUGAAUCCCAUCAGGGUGAAGGAGGUGUACAGGCUGGAGGAGAUGGAGAAGAUUUUUGUUAGGUUGGAAAUGAAGAUCAUCAAGGGCUCCAGUGGCACUCCGAAGCUCAGCUACACAGGGCGGGAUGACCGGCACUUUGUGCCCACGGGCCUCUACAUCGUCAGGACAGUGAAUGAGCCGUGGACUAUGGGAUUCAGCAAAAGCUUCAAGAGGAAGUUCUUCUACAACAAGAAAACCAAGAUCUCUACCUUUGACCUCCCUGCAGACUCCAUUGCCCCAUUUCACAUCUGCUACUAUGGCAGGCUCUUCUGGGAGUGGGGGGAUGGCAUCCGUGUGCAUGACUCCCAGAAGCCCCAGGACCCAGACAAGCUGUCCAAGGAAGAUGUCCUCUCGUUCAUCCAGACACACAGCGCCUGAGGGCGUGGGGAUGCCCACCCCUGCCGAAUGACCUGUCGUUCUCUGAGUCAGGGCGCUCUGCCUGGGGCUCACAGUACUGGUUUUUUCCCCUUCAAGGAGAGGGACUGGGGAGCGUAGUCACUGCAGCCUGGCCAUAAGGGGUGGGUGGUCUCUCCCUUCUCCCUGAAGAACUCAGUCAGGGGCCUUCAGAGGACUCUCACGUUCCUUCUGGGACACCUUUUGAACUUCCCUCCCCGGAGACCUGCCUGCCAGGGCUCAGCCUGAGGAUGUUGCUCCUACAGCGGUUUGAGGUCAGGGCCCAGGGAGCGUGCGGCCAGUGGAGGACGUGUCAGAGAACAGCAGGGCCUUGGCUCUGCCCUUCUCUCUUGUAGACUCACUUUUCUGAGUUCCAUGCACUGCCCCGAGGGCGGCCAUGCUCCUGCGCUGCCCAGCUUUUUAUUGGGCCGACCCUAAGUGGGUGUAGGCCAGGGGCAGCUGCUGUACAAAUCAAGGUUUUGUUUCUUUGAACUUGCUCUGUUUUGAUGUCAAGUUGGAGAAGAUUUUGUCUGCUGCCCUGACCCCUGUCCUGGUCUUCCCUGGAGUUCUUCUCAGCCGGACCUCUGACAGUCCCGCAGGCCGGGAAGGGAGGCUUGUGGGCCACACAUCCCUGACACUGCAUCAUGACACAGGUAGUGUCUUGGCAGUGGGUGUGACUGCCUCCUGGGGUUGUAGAGCCUUCCUGGGCCCCAUCCCCUUUUGAUCUGAACCUUGGGCAGCUCUAGAGGAGGAAGCAGCCUUGAAGACCUGCCUUUUUCUAUGCCCCAGAGCAGUGGCCCCCUGGCGACACAGGGUACCUCUGGGGUUGGGUCACACCUGGGCCUUUGGCAACCAUGGCUCCCCCAUUUGCCACAGCUACCUUGCUAACCCCUCCCUUCGUUUUUCUUGCCCAAUAGGAAGUACAGUCACUUUGUUUGUCCUUCUGUGGUCACUCCAUUUCCUCUGUCUUGGCAGAGGGGGAAGAGGGGAAGCUGGGCAGUAGCUCUGGGUGGGGGAGGGCAGCUGUGGUUGUUUUUAAUGGGAAAUACCUCUCAGAGAUGCUCCUAGGGGCUCCCUAGAGCCCCAUCCCAGUGCUGGGCUGGUUUCCAUGGAGAUAGGGCACUGAGACUCCCUGUGAGGUUGGAACUGUACCUGGGGGGAGGGUCUCCAGCCAGCAUCCAGCCCCUCCCUCCCCCCAGGUUGGCGGCAGCACCGCUGAGAAAGCUGUAUUUCCACCCACUUCUGGGUAUAUCAGUGUGUCUUGCAGAAUCUUGGAUCAUUAAAGAUAAACAUAUUUUUAAUGCCUGUGUGGCUCUGUGCUGGGGCUAUUGCUAUUUGUCCUUGGUGCUGUGUGGCCUGGGAUUGGCUUGGAUGAAACCGCUUGGGCUGGAGAAGUGGGGGAAGCUGUGCUUAAGAAGAGGGGGGAAAGCAGGUUGGUUUACUCAGAACCUGUGCAAGUUCCUGGGCCCCGCAGGCCCUGCUGCUUGCUUCCGGAGAGGGGCCCUGGAAGAGUCCAGAAAUUACGCAGCUCCUGUUGGAAGCAGGGACUGGAGAAUGAAUGAACCGACAGUCCAGUGGGGCAGGGAGGCACCUUCCCCCCUCCACAUAAAUCACACGGCUCACUCCAUGGUGGCACUGUGACAAUCCAGGAUCAGUCUGUGACUAAAAUAACAGAGGCGUCAGACCAAUUAGUGUCACUAGACCGCAGGAAGAGAGGGAGGGAGAGAUGGUUUCACUGACCCCUGGCAGCCUCCCCUCCCGUCUGGGUCUGCACGGGGGGUGCUGGGGGGCUGGGCUCGGGGUGAGGCGUGCAGGUACCAAUGGCACGUCCCUCUCGGCUCAGGGCUAGAGCUUCUCCACCAGCUCUGCAGCUCUGGUGCUGGCCUCCCACAGCCUGCCUCCGCUUGGCUCCUUCCUUCACCCUGGCCCCAAGCGUCCUUCCUUGAUGUCUCACAGCCUUAGCUUCCGGGGUAACGCCUUUCCUCGUUUUCACUUUCUUAAUUGGUAGAGUCUCCAUGCCAAGCCCUACUGUGCUCUGCCUUGCUCCAGCCUCCCACUCCUGACCCUCCUGGUCCUGGUGCUGGGAGCAGAGUUGGUGGGAGGG